AUGAAAAAUCCUGAAUUCGUGAUAUUAUUAAUUUUUGAUGAACGCUUCAAAGAAUAUCAUCAAACUUUCUUAAAAUUUCCAAUAAAAAAAGAUGGCUUGAAUUUUAUAAUUGAUAUUUAAAGGUUUCUAUAAUUUAUUUUUAAAAAGCUUCAACUCACAGAAAUAGAGAAGUAAUAACUAAAUAUAGGUAUUAUAAAAUAUUAAAGAUAGAUUAUUUUUAUGAUAGAUCUAAAAACUGCUUUAUAUAGUCUUCAUAUUAUGUUGUAAAUAAUUGUUUCUAAUUUCACGAAAAUUUUUUUGGAGAUCCAAAGAUUCUAGAGAUGAAGAUAUAUUUUUAUAUGUAGUAUUGGAGCAUUGUAUAAUUAUAUGAAGAUAUUAAAGUUUAAGAAGAUUAAAUAAAAUAAGCUAAAAAAUUAUAAAGAGAAUUAACUGAUAAACUAGAAAAAUAUCCUUAUAAAUUAAAAGAAAUCGAAAAUGAUGUUAGAGACUUAAAAGAAGGUAAUUAAAAUAAUAAGCAUGUGUUUGAUAUUGUUAUAUUUCAUAAUAAUGCAUAAAUUUAAUUCGAUAAUCAAAUUCAAGAAGCAUAAUUUAUUGAUUAUUAAAGUGAAAUAAGAACUAUUGAAAAUGAAAUUAAGAAUGCUAAUAAAAAAAUAAAUUAUUAGAUCUUAAAUGCUACAAUAGAUAAUUUCCAUUAUGGUUUGCGUUUGAAUCCAUAAGUAAUACACUUAAUACUCAAUGGAGAUGUUGAUGUUGAGAAUUAAAGUUCAUACAUUGAAAUAUAAGAUGAUGAGGAUGAGAAUAGGAUAAAGACAUUAAGUAAUUAAAAGUUAUUUUAAAUAUUUAAAUAACACAAUAAAUCACUAAAAAGAUUGAAAUUAAUUUGCUUAAGUUCAAUUGUAGCAAAACAAUUUUCAUUCUAUUAAUGGGAUGAAGAAAAAACAAUUGUAAGAUAGAUAAAGCCUUUUAAUUCUGAAGAUAAAUAUGGUAAUGAAUUUUGGAAAUCUUUUUACAAAUAGUUGAUGUAAGAGAAAAGUUUUUAAGAAUCAUACUAAAAUGCUAAAGAAAAUGUAGAAGAAUUAUUUAAAAAAGACCCUAAGCUAAAUGAUUUUAUAAUAUGUUGUUGUUAUCAUGAACAUUAAAAGAAAUAAGAUGAUUCUCCCAAUACGUUGGAUUGUCCCAACAAUCCUAUGUUAUAUGGAUAUAAAAAAAUUCAUGAAGAACAUAAGUAAUGUAUAUGUCAUUCUAAUGAUAAUGAUAAUUAUAAUCAUGACAUCUCACAAAAGUUUUUUAUAAAAUCAUGUAAUGGAAAAUAACUUUUAGAAAUUAAUUAAGAUUUGAUCUAAAAUGAAUUGAAUAUAUGA